AUGGUUGCUAGAAGGCAGGGAGGCUGCGUCUACUUCAUCGGGUUCAUAAUCCUUGCAGGUGCCACAUUAGGAGUUGUAGACAGGACAGCGCUGAACGCCGACACGUCGUCGGAUCUCUGUCGACUGAAGCCUGAAGAGGGGCCCUGCAGGGCGUUGAUUCCCAGGUGGUUUAACAACUUUAUCACUGGGAAAUGUGAAGAAUUCUCGUAUGGCGGCUGUGAGGGAAAUGCUAACAACUUUCUCAACAAGCAAGAAUGCGAAGAUAGGUGCAAGUAUGUACCCAAGAAGGCAUGCACUCUGGAUCCCGAAGGAGGUCCCUGCAGAGCGUUGAUCCCGAGAUGGCAUUUCAAUGAGACAGACGGAAGGUGUAAGGAGUUUUCCUACGGAGGAUGUGGUGGGAAUGAAAACAAUUUCAGUUCGCGACAAGCGUGUGAGGACUCCUGCCUUCGCACGAAACAACUGAAGGUCAACAACUACACUAGCAUCAACUACACGAUGGACUGUGAACCUCAACCAUUCAAAAGGAACUGCACGUAUGGUUCAAAGCGUUUCUUCUACAACGCAAGCAAAGAGGCAUGUCAGCCCUUAGAGGAUGGCACCUGCGCUAGAGGGAGAAACAAAUACGAUCAAAAAUCGAAAUGCAGGAUGGCUUGCUUUGGACAUCCUGGUUCGAACAUCACAGGACAGAAAUUCAACAAGAACGAUUACUACAAGGAUGAGACAGACAAGGGGAAACAGGCAUUAAAAAAGAAAAAAUACUGA